CAUUUGGGGGAUAUCUGUACCGUCCUGACAUUUGGGGGGGAUUUGUGCCGUCCUGACAUUUGGGGGGAUUUGUACCGUCCUGACAUUUGGGGGGAUUUGUGCCGUCCUGACAUUUGGGGGGGAUUUGUACCGUCCUGACAUUUGGGGG